AUGAACCAGACCACCAACUGCAGAACGCUGGAGAUUAGUUUAAUGGGGCCCAAGGAUAAGAAGGCGCCGGAACACACCGAAGCUGACGAGGCAGCAGACAGUCAGCCCGAGGAUGAGAUUGCAUGGUUAACUAAGGAUGUCAAUAUGGAAUCCACAAUGAUGACUCUUACAGAUCUCUCAAAUCCAUCUCUAAAUAACUAUAAAUGGAAGGCGGUCAACACCGCAACUGACAUCACCCGAAGCCGGACUUCCAUCCGUCGGAUAUCGGCUGUCACUAGCAUUAUCAGCUCUACAACUUUCUCGACUUGCCUAUAUCUAACCCAGACAUAUCAAGUCAUCUUUCUCUGGGGUAAGUUACUUCUCUACACACAAUCCCUCACUUGUAUCGUACAGCCGAUACCCCCAUUCCCAAACCACACACUAACUUCCGCAGAACACCCCCAACUACCUUCCCCAUCCGCAACCGCAUCAGCCACACCAACAACCUCAUCUCCAACCCAGAGCUUAAAGCCAACAACAACAACAAUGGCCUCUCUCCUCCCCCUCCGCCGGGCACCCACGUCCCUCCUCACCUCCACCUCCAAGCCAUCCACCCACCUCGCCCGCUCCCUCCUCACCAGCACCGUUAUCCCCUCCACCCGGACCUUCACAACCAAAUCCUCCACUCUCCUCCCCAACACCAUCACCAAAAGGACCACUACCAUCAACCCCAUCACUCGCCCUCACCACCACCCCCUGAUCUCCUCCUCAUCCAUCCGCCAAAAAAGCACCAAAGACAACGACGCCCCCACCUUCCGCCAAUGGGGCUUUGAAGACAUAACCGCCUCCCUCCCCAGCAACACCCCCAACAGCCCGACCCAAAAACCCAUCAUUCUCAUCGACGUGCGCGAACCCGCCGAGCUCUCCUCCACGGGCAUCAUCCCCUCGGCCGUGAGCGUGCCGCUAGCAUCCCAGCCCGACGCGCUGUUCCUGACUCCGGAGGAAUUCGAGACGAGGUUUGGGUUCCCCAAGCCUGGUGUGAAGGGGGAGGAAGAGGACACGGAUAUCGUGUUCUAUUGUAAGGCUGGGGUGAGGGCGCGCGCGGCGGCGCAAUUGGCGGAGCAGGCGGGGUAUGAGGCGGGUCGGCUGGGGGUUUAUGAUGGGAGUUGGUUGGAUUGGGCGAAGAGGGGAGGUAGGGUGGAGAGGUGGGAGGGGAAUGAUAAUUAG